GCUUGUGACAAGAAGAACAUUGUUCCUCGCCGACACAGUCACAACCAGCAGAUUCCACAAUCUUGAGCUCAUGGAAGCACUCUAAUACCCGUCGUUCGCUCGCUCGCUAUCACCAUCCAUCUGCUGUUCUCUGCAUAGCUAUAUCCCCCUACCUCUCGCCCACCUCGAUUUGCAACUUCUCUCGCAGCAGUAAUAGCAGCAGACAAACAAAAUGGCUACGAAUUCGAUCAAGCUCCUUACUGGCAAUAGCCAUCCUCAGCUUGCGAAGCUGGUUGCGGAUCGACUGGGAAUCGAGCUUGCAAAGACGAUGAGCUUGAACUAUUCGAACCAGGAAACCAGCGUUACGAUCGGAGAAAGCGUUCGAGAUGAAGAUGUAUUCAUCCUCCAAUCCACCGCGCCCGGCGAUAUCAACGACGGCCUCAUGGAACUCCUAAUCAUGAUCAACGCCUGCAAGACCGCGUCCGCGCGCCGCAUCACGGCCGUGAUCCCCAACUUCCCCUACGCCCGCCAGGACAAGAAGGACAAAUCGCGGGCGCCCAUCUCCGCAAAGCUGAUUGCCAAUAUGCUGCAGACGGCGGGCUGCAAUCAUGUUAUCACCAUGGAUUUGCAUGCCAGCCAGAUUCAGGGCUUCUUUAAUGUGCCGGUGGAUAAUCUGUAUGCGGAGCCCAGUACGCUGAGGUGGAUUAGGGAGAAUUUGGAGGUUAAGGAUUGUGUGGUUGUUAGUCCGGAUGCGGGGGGUGCUAAGAGAGCAACAUCCAUCGCCGACCGCCUCGACCUCGGCUUCGCACUCAUCCACAAAGAGCGCGCGCGUCCCAACGAAGUCUCCCGCAUGGUGCUGGUCGGCGACGUCGAAAACAAAAUCGCCAUCCUCGUCGACGACAUGGCCGACACCUGCGGCACGCUCGUCAAAGCCGCCGAGACGGUCAUGGCGCACAAAGCGCGCGAAGUCGUCGCAAUCGUGACUCACGGCAUCCUCAGCGGGAACGCGAUCGAGACCUUGAAUAAGAGCAAGUUGAGCAGGGUGGUGGUUACGAAUACGGUGCCGUUGCUAGAUAAGCAGGAGAGGUGCGAGGUGCUGAAGGUUAUGGAUAUUAGUCCGACGCUGGCGGAGGCGAUACGGAGGACGCAUAAUGGGGAGAGUGUUAGUUUUUUGUUUACGCAUGCGCCGACGGACUGAUUGAUUAGAGGGGAUGGGUGUUAGAGGAGAGAAAAUUGGGAGCAUGGCGUUGGAUGGUGGUUUGGUUCUUUUGCGAAUCAAUGGAAGUCUUACUUGGGUUCAUUGGCUGCUCGUGUCUGUGUUAUGGAGGUAGAAUAUGCAUUUUGCUCUGCUUCUUAUAUAAGAGGGAAGGGGUGUGAG